CCCGGCCCACCGGCCCCGGGCGCGCGCCCUGGGAGAAUCCGGGCGGUGCUGGAGCUCCAGGCUGAGCUGCAGCCCCGACCCUACGUGACGGGGAGCGAGGUGUCAAACUCCGUCAGGUGGAUGCUGUGACAGUUCACAUCUUUGGCUUCGAAUGAAAUACAUUGGAUAAAAAGGCAAGUGUAUGUGUCAGAAUCUCUCCAGUUCUACCAACGUACCUACAGACAAGACUAAAUGAAUUGAAAUGAAGUGUUCUCUGCACCACUAAACUGGGGUCUGAAGGCAAUUUUAUGUGGCUUUUAUACACCCACGUUGAUGUGAAUCCUAUGAUAUGAGGUGUGUUCACCAUUUGGGCUCAUCUCUAAUACUGGAGAUUCCGAGGAGAACCAGAGGAAAUGAGGAGGCCCUGAGAGAACCUUCGCGAGAUGUGUCCAAGCAGACCCGGGCACACAGUUGGCACUCACAAACGGUGCCGAUCAGAACUAGAUGGCUCGCCUGUCCCUAAACAACCAGUGGUCCUCAGCAUAUCAGGAGGUCUGACAGAGGAAAAAAAAAAAAAAAAGAUGCACAGAGAGGAAAUGAACUGAGACAACAUCACUUCACAGCAACCGGAAGGAAAAACACCCACGAGGUCACCAUUCACAGUCUGCAUGUGCAGUUGCUCCGUGGGGAAAUGCUCACAGCUGCCUUCAGAAGCAAGUCUAGUGGCUGCAGCAACACAGAAGCACGGCCAUGAGGCAGGACUGAGCCACCACCUCCUGCCUGCCCGCCCAGAGGGAGGGCAAGGACCCAACCAGAGGAUCCCGCAGCCGUUCGCCCGGGGGCCUGUGAGAACUAAGUGGCUCCAUCUGGAAGUUCUGCCCGAUGCUCCGGCACCAUAGCAAGCCGUCCAGUGUGAUCUGAGCCUCUUCAGAGGGUCUAAAUUAUUCUCUACAGGAAACAAAGAGGGAAGAAAAAGUCUCUUGCCUCUUCGGCAGCUCCAGACUUUUCCCCGGACUCCCUCCCGGCCAGCCAUGGCGCACUAACCCCGCAGGCUGUGUUCACGCCGCCAGUCCUCUCCCGGCGCUCCUACCGAAGCCAGAGCCUCAGCUCGCAGCCCCGCCCGCCCCGGCGGGUGAGCAGACAAGCCUCUCCGGCAGCCUCAGGAAGCUGUGGAUUCCUUAAUGUCAUACACUGGCCUGAGAACAUCGUGUAUUCCUUAAGCAGAGUUAUGAGAAAGAAGAACCUGGUCAGCCGACUCAAACACUGGAAUUGUCCUUUUCAAGAUCCGGAGCUCCAACAUUCCUUGGCGUAACAGACAGAAGCACCUGGGAAAAUGUGGGCAAGGAAUCUUAUGGCGAGGGCCUUGUACGACAACGUCCCAGAGUGUGCUGAGGAGCUGGCCUUUCGCAAGGGAGACAUCCUGACUGUCAUAGAGCAGAACACGGGAGGACUGGAAGGAUGGUGGCUCUGCUCCUUACACGGUCGGCAAGGCAUUGUCCCGGGCAACCGGGUGAAGCUUCUGAUUGGCCCCGUGCAGGAGACCUCCUCCAGUCAGGACCCGCCUACUUCUGGACUGAUGCACCAGCCCUUUGGCCAACAGAAGCUCUAUCAAAUGCCAAACCUCCAGGGCACCCCUCGAGACACCAUCUACCAAGUGCCACCUUCCUACCAAAAUCAGGGAAUUUACCAAGUACCCACUGGCCAUGGUACCCAGGAACAAGAUGUGUAUCAAGUCCCACCAUCAGUGCAGAGAGGCAUUGCAGGGGCUAAUGGUCCCCACUUAAGUAAAAAGGUGAUCACGCCGAUGAGGACAGGCCACGGCUAUGUGUACGAGUACCCGUCCAGAUACCAAAAGGACGUCUAUGAUGUCCCUCCUUCCCAGACCGCUCACGGGGUGUACGACAUCCCACCGUCGUCUGUGAAAGGCCCCGUGUUCUCAGUCCCAGUGGGAGAGAUAAAACCUCAAGGGGUCUAUGACAUCCCUCCUACCAAAGGGGGAUACGCCAUUCCACCUCCUGCCUGCAGAGAUGAGGCCGGGCUUAGGGAGAAAGAAUACGACUUUCCCCCUCCGAUGAGACACGCUGGCCGGCCCGACGGCAGACCCGAGGGCGUUUAUGACAUCCCCCCAGCCGGCACCAAGCCCCUGGGGAAGGACCUUCACGCUAAAUAUAAUGGCGACGCUGCAGCGGAGCUGGCGCCACGGAGACACCAAAGCAUUUCCCUGAGCCACCCGGCCCCGCAGCUGCGCCAGCCCGGGGGCUCCCAGAACGACGCCUAUGAUGUCCCCCGGGGGGUCCAGUUUCUGGCACCACCAGCAGAAGCCGGCGGGAAAGCAAACCUCGAAGAGAGAGACGGGGUUUACGACGUGCCGCUGCGCAACCCGCCGGACGCCAAAGGCUCCCAGGAUGUGGUGGACGGCAUCAACCGGCUCUCCUUCUCCAGCACCGGCAGCACCAUGUCCACGUCCUCCACCACCUCGAAGGAAUCUUCGCUGUCUGCCUCCCCGUCCCAGGACAGAAGGCUCUUCCUGGAUCCAGACACGGCCAUCGAGAGGCUCCACCGGCUGCAGCAGGCCCUGGAGAUGGGCGUCUCGGGCCUGAUGGCGCUGGUCACCACCGACUGGCGGGGCUACGGGUACAUGGAGCGACAUGUCAACGAGGUCCGCGCCGCUGUGGACAGGGUGGAGCUGGCCCUAAGGGACUACCUGCACUUCGCCAAGGGGGCCACGGCCAACGCCUCCUGCCUGCCGGAGCCCCCCCUCCACAACAAGAUGAAGCGGGAGCUCCAGAGGCUGGAGGACUCCCAUCAGAUCCUGAGCCAGACCAGCCAUGACUUAAACGAGUGCAGCUGGUCCCUGAACGUUCUGGCCGUCAACAAGCCCCAAAACAAAUGGGAUGACCUGGACCGGUUCGUGAUGGUGGCAAAGACAGUGCCAGACGAUGCCAAGCAGCUGACCACGACCAUCAACACCAACGCGGAGGCCCUCUUCAAGCCGGGCCCUGGCAGCUCGCAUGGGAAGAGCGGGCCUGAGAGCAUCACGAACUCCGCGGAGUGCCCACACGCCAGCUCCCAGGUACAGCGGCUGCAUCCCGGGGACCACAAGGCUCCAGCCCUCAACAAGCCACUGCCCCCAAGCCUGGGCAAGGACCAGCCCCCUGACUGUAGCAGCAGUGACGGCUCUGAACGGAGCUGGAUGGAUGAUUACGACUAUGUCCACCUCCAGGGUAAGGAGGAGUUUGAGAGGCAACAGAAGGAGCUCUUGGAAAAAGAAAACAUCAUCAAACAGAACAAGAUGCAGCUGGAACAUCAUCAGCUGAGUCAGUUCCAGUUGUUGGAACAAGAAAUCACAAAGCCCGUGGAGAACGACAUCUCCAAGUGGAAGCCCUCCCAGAGCCUCCCAAGCACCAGCAGCGGCGUGGGCGCGCAGGACAGGCAGCUGCUGUGCUUCUACUACGACCAGUGUGAGACCCAUUACAUCUCCCUCCUCAACGCCAUUGACGCGCUCUUCAGCUGCCUCAGCUCGGCACAGCCCCCACGGAUCUUCGUGGCACACAGCAAGUUCGUCAUCCUCAGCGCCCACAAACUGGUGUUCAUCGGAGACACGCUGACGAGGCAGGUGGCCGCCCAGGACGUUCGCAACAAAGUGAUGAACUCCAGCAACCAGCUCUGCGAGCAGCUCAAGACUAUAGUUUUGGCGACCAAGACGGCCGCGCUCCAUUACCCCAGCACCUCCGCCCUGCAGGAGAUGGUCCACCAGGUGACCGACCUGUCCAGGAACGCGCAGCUCUUCAAGCGCUCUUUGCUGGAGAUGGCGACAUUCUGAGCAGCAAAAGAGAGACUGACUUGGAUUACUGAGGAAAACUGGAAAUACUCUCUGGUUUUUGUAAAUCUUAUCUAUUUUUGUAGAUAUUUUAUAUGAAAAUGAAAUAUUUUAACACUUGAUGGGUUAGACGACAUUCAGAAAUUCAGGGAACUCUGGGGAACUUUUUUUUUCCCUGCGUGGUUCUUGUGUACACAUCUAAGCAUCUAAGACGUAAACUGUACAGAAUCCUGUCCGUGUGUGUGUAUGACUGUGUGUUCAUGUUCGUUCAUAGAUGUUUGUCUGAUACAUUCCAUUGAAGACCAUGAAUUAAGAAGCACCUUAGUAAGCGCCUCCUAAUGCUGCAUUUUUUUUUUUUAGAAAACAUACCAG